AUGACAGCACAAGAAAGAGGACAAGUACAAGUAAAAGUAGAAGUAGCAGCAGAAGCAAAAGUAGAAGCAGCAGCAGAAGCAAAAGUAGAAGUAGCAGCAGAAGCAAAAGUAGCAGCAGCAGCAGCAGAAGAAGCAAAAGCAGCAGCAGCAGCAGAAGCAAAAGUAGCAGCAGCAGCAGAAGCAAAAGUAGCAGCAGCAGCAGAAGCAAAAGUAGCAGCAGCAGCAGAAGCAAAAGUAGCAGCAGCAGCAGAAGCAAAAGUAGCAGCAGCAGCAGCAGCAGAAGCAAAAGUAGCAGCAGCAGCAGAAGCAAAAGUAGCAGCAGCAGCAGCAGCAGCAGAAGCAAAAGUAGCAGCAGCAGCAGAAGCAAAAGUAGCAGCAGCAGCAGCAGCAGCAGCAGAAGCAAAAGCAAAAGUAAAAGUAAAAGCAGAAGCAAAAGCAAAAGCAAAAGCAAAAGCAAAUGUAAAAGUAAAAGCAGAAGCGAAAGUAGAAGUAGAAGAGAAAGUAGAAGCAGAAGCAAAAGUAAAAGCAAAACAAGAGAAGCAGAAGCAGAAGCAAGAGAAGCAGAAGCAGAAGCAAGAGAAGCAGAAGCAGAAGCAAGAGAAGCAGAAGCAGAAGCAAGAGAAGCAGAAGCAGAAGCAAGAGAAGCAGAAGCAGAAGCAAGAGAAGCAGAAGCAGAAGCAAGAGAAGCAGAAGCAGAAGCAAGAGAAGCAGAAGCAGAAGCAAGAGAAGCAGAAGCAGAAGCAAGAGAAGCAGAAGGAGAAGCAAGAGAAGCAGAAGGAGAAGCAAGAGAAGCAGAAGGAGAAGCAAGAGAAGCAGAAGGAGAAGCAAGAGAAGCAGAAGGAGAAGCAAGAGAAGCAGAAGGAGAAGCAAGAGAAGCAGAAGGAGAAGCAAGAGAAGCAGAAGGAGAAGCAAGAGAAGCAGAAGGAGAAGCAAGAGAAGCAGAAGGAGAAGCAAGAGAAGCAGAAGGAGAAGCAAGAGAAGCAGAAGGAGAAGCAAGAGAAGCAGAAGGAGAAAGAAGCAGAAGGAGAAGUAAGAGAAGCAGAAGGAGAAGUAAGAGAAGCAGAAGGAGAAGUAAGAGAAGCAGAAGGAGAAGUAAGAGAAGCAGAAGGAGAAGUAAGAGAAGCAGAAGGAGAAGUAAGAGAAGCAGAAGGAGAAGUAAGAGAAGCAGAAGCAGAAGUAAGAGAAGCAGAAGCAGAAGUAAGAGAAGCAGAAGCAGAAGUAAGAGAAGCAGAAGCAGAAGCAGAAGUAAGAGAAGCAGAAGCAGAAGUAAAAGAAGCAGAAGCAGAAGCAGAAGUAAAAGAAGCAGAAGCAGAAGUAAAAGAAGCAGAAGCAGAAGUAAAAGAAGCAGAAGCAGAAGUAAAAGAAGCAGAAGCAGAAGUAAAAGAAGCAGAAGCAGAAGUAAAAGAAGCAGAAGCAGAAGUAAAAGAAGCAGAAGCAGAAGAAGCAGAAGCAGAAUUAGAGACUUGUAUGAAGUCUGUAUUUUUGUCUUAUUUGAUGAAGCAGUAAAAAAAAGGGAGACUUUUCAAAUCUAAUACUUUCACUAACAGAAUGUGA